AUGGCUUCUACUACUUACCAGCACGACUUGGAGAAAACCCUCCCCGAUGCCGCGAUCAACUCUAUCCCUUCCUCCCGUUCCUCCUCCCUCGACCCAACGAACAAAGACGCAAACCCGAAUGCCAUUGGCGGCGAUAUCGACCCCGUUGCCGAAAAACGCCUGAGACGGAAAUUGGAUUUCAGGAUCUUGCCGCUCGUGUCGUUGAUGUACCUCGUCGCGUUCAUCGAUCGUGCGAAUAUCGGAAACGCACGUAUUGCGGGCAUGGAAACCGAUCUCGAUCUCAAGGGGUACCGAUUCAAUAUCGCACUCACUGUUUUCUAUGUUUUCUACGUCGUUGUUGAGAUUCCUUCGAAUCUUAUCCUCAAACGCGUUGGUCCUAAGCUUUAUCUUCCUGGUCUUGUUGGACUCUUUGGUUUGGUUUCGUUUUUGACUGCGUUUUGUGAGUCGUACGCUGGACUUAUCGCAUGUCGUGCCGUCCUUGGAGCCCUCGAAGGUGGUCUCAUGCCCGGCAUCACGUACUACCUCGGCUGCUACUACCGCCGUCACGAACUCUUCUUCCGCGUCGGUGUCUUCAUCUCCUCCGCUUCCCUCUCCGGUGCGUUCGGUGGUCUGCUCGCGUCCGGAUUAGUCCACGUACCAACUUUUGGACCCGUGCAUACUUGGAGGAAUAUCUUCUUCUUCGAGGGGAUUAUCACGAUUGUGGUUGGUGCUAUGGCAUGGAUCUGGUUACCGGAGUUGCCGGAGAAGACGAAGUGGCUCGCCGUCGAGGAACGCGAAUUAGCCCAGCGCCGUAUCGCCGUCGAUAAUAUGUCUUCUUCGACUACCACGACCGACGAGGAUGGCGAGCAACACGUCACGGUUUGGAGCUGUGUCUUCAACUCUCACACCUGGUUGUGCGCACUCGCAUACUUCCUCACCGCAAUCACCAUCAACUCUUUCUCGCUAUUCAUCCCCUCUAUUCUCCGCUCGAUGGGAUAUACCGCCGAACGCGCUCAACUCAUGACCGUCGGCCCUUAUGCGCUCGCCUGUGUCUGGUCCGUCGCUCUUGCGUAUUUCUCCGAUAAGACCCGGAAGCGUGGAUUGUGGAUCUUGAUCUCGAUGCCAUUCAUCGUAAUCGGCUACGCACUCCUCGUCUCCGUCCCAACAAGCCGUACCUCAAUCCGCUACCUCGCUGUCUUCUUCGCCGCAUUCGGUGCCUUUCCCCUCGGUCCAGCCUUCCUCUCCUGGGCUUCCAACAAUGUCCGUGGACGGACUCAGCGCGCGACGGCGACGGCAUUGGUUACGACGUUUGGUAACAUUGGAGCGAUUGUUGCUACGUGGUGUUAUUUGCCGGGUGAUGCGCCGGCGUACAGGAAGGGACAUGGGAUCAAUUUGGGGGUUGCGGCGGCGAAUAUUUUGGUUGUUGCGUUUACGGUUGGGGUCGUGAAGAUGAAGAACAGGAGGAGGGCUGGGAAGGAGGAGUCGUUUAGGUUGAUGGAGUAG